AAUUGGCUUUCUAAAAGAUUUGUUUUUUUUAAAACACUAGCAUUUGUAAUUGACCACUACUGAGGCUACUUGGAAACUCUUUUGGAAAAAAAAAACUAAAAACAAUUAUCCUAAAAAAUUUCUCUAUUAAAUUAUACAAUUUUUUUAUAACAGCUUUUAAAUAAGCUCAACUAAAAAAACACAGUAAAUUUAUUAAAUUAUCGAAUAUUAAUGUUUAUAUCGUUAAAAGAUAAAGAAAUGAUCAGCACUAACACUAACGUAUUAUGCAUUAUUUGGAAAGUACUAAUCAUCAACACUAGCAUGAAUAGUUUUCACACAAAAAAAAACUAGCAUGAAUUAGACUAUGUGGAUUCAUAAUAGUCUACUCAUUUAGGACUAAAUUUUCAAAAUUACGUAUAACCCAUCAAAAUUAGCAAAAAUAUAUUAUUGUAAUUGACUAUUGGACAAACCAAUUCAUUUUUAUCUUUAUCUGAGAGCACUACUAUUAAUUUUUUUUACAAAUACAAAUUAAAUUUUGCAUUAACCUGAAAAGGAAGGAUGUUCACCAUGCUUUUGGGAGAGGUAAACAUUUUCGAGAGAGAUAAUUUUGUAAGAACCCCUUCAUAUUCGGAGAAGUCAUUCUUCAUCAUCAAUUCCAAUGGCUUGGAUUUGUCUCUUUCAUUUUUCUCUUGUGUUUCUUCUUUCACGUGGGUCCUUCAAUCUCCAUGAAGGAUCAGAGCCAUUGCUAAAAUCCUUAACAAAACAAAAUGUUUAUUUUUCUUAAACAGAUUUUUAACCCUUCUAAUUACUUAGAUUAAAUUUUGGAACACCAUGCAUUGUUUUCCAUGUUUCUCUACGCCAAAGAGUAAAAAAUCUCCAACUAGGAAUGAGACCAACGACAAUGAAACCAGACCACAUGCACGCGAGAAUAAACAUGCAGAAGAAGCAGAGCAAUUGGAAGAAACGACGUUGAAGACGUUCACUUUCCGAGAACUAGCGACGGCGACAAAGAAUUUCCGGCAAGAAUGUUUGUUAGGAGAAGGUGGAUUCGGUAGGGUUUACAAAGGAACCCUUCAACCUACUGGCCAGGUAGUGGCUGUAAAGCAACUAGACAAGCAUGGACUGCAUGGGAACAAGGAGUUUCAAGCAGAGGUCUUGUCAUUAGGCCGACUCGAUCAUCCCAAUCUUGUUAAGCUUGUAGGAUACUGUGCUGAUGGAGAUCAAAGGCUUUUGGUCUAUGAUUAUGUCACUGGAGGUUCUCUCCAAGACCAUCUUCAUGAGCUAAAAUCAGACCGUGGACCAAUGGAUUGGACGACAAGGAUGCAGAUAGCGUAUGGCGCAGCGCAAGGGCUUGAUUACUUGCAUGAUAAAGUGAAUCCACCCGUGAUAUACCGUGAUUUGAAAGCUUCAAAUGUUUUGUUGGACGAUGACUUGUGUCCUAAGCUUUCUGACUUUGGCCUGCAUAAGCUAGGACCAGGGACGGGUGAUAAGAUGGUGGCUUUAACUUCCCGAGUAAUGGGAACUUAUGGUUACUCCGCUCCUGAGUAUACACGAGGAGGAAAUCUCACCUUGAAAUCAGAUGUCUAUAGCUUUGGAGUCGUGUUGCUUGAGCUCAUCACCGGUCGAAGAGCUCUUGAUACUACUAGACCUAAUGAUGAACAAAACUUAGUUUCUUGGGCACAACCAUUGUUUGGAGAUCCAAAGAGAUACCCUGAUAUGGCAGAUCCAGUUCUUGAGAAUAAAUUCUCAGAGAGAGGGCUAAACCAAGCAGUGGCCAUAGCUUCAAUGUGUGUACAAGAGGAGGCAACAACUCGUCCUCUGAUAAGCGAUGUAAUGGUUGCACUUAGCUUCCUUUCCAUGUCUACAGAAGACGGUGUUCCCACAACUGUUCCUAUCCUAUCCUUCAGGGACAAGAGCAUGUCUAUAGCCUUAAGCCGACAUGAUUCAGAUCUUGCAUCUUCUAAACUAGCAGUAGAAGAUGAAAAGUCUAGUACAUCAUCAGACAAAGAAUCAUCUGUGGACAGCAUGAAGGAGAGAGUAAUCAAACGUGAGGAGGAAGAUAGCUCGAGCGAAUCUGAUGAUGGGUCUGGUUCUAACUCGGAUGAAGAACAUGAAGAGGAUCGAAACAGUUUAUCAACAGAGGCUAUUGAUGAGAAGAACCAGGCGCAGAGCUUGAAGAUAAACUAUAGAUAUAGUUGGGAAGAAGUGGAUGUUAGUGAUGAGAAGCUAAGCAGUAAAGGCAGCCAGAAAUCAAAUGAUGAGAGCAUAUAUUCGUGCUAUGAUAUUGAAGUAGACCAUGAUGAUUCACUUAUGAAUAAGGAGAAAAAGGAAGAAGAAGACAUUCACAGCUCAAAAAGUGACGAUGAUCAAAGUGUUUACUUUGAUGAUGUAUCAGAAGAUGAUAAUGAGAUAUCUUUUCAUCGGAUAAAAUCAGAGGUGGAUGUUGAUUAUGUUGAAGAUGACAGUGGAACUUCUUUGCACCCAGUUAAAUAAAAGGUUUAAAGUGAUUCUACAUAAGAUUGAAACUUUCUUCGUGGUUUUUUUAUUCAUCCCUCAAUG